GUCAUCUCAUCUCUUUAGACGACAAGACUCUAAACGACAAACACCAAGGAAUUGUGCAACUUUUUGUCGAGGACGAAACAUCAACGCCAAGCAGCUGUGACAUUGGAUGGUUUGACGACGAAUUGAUAUCGGAUAACAACGAGCGGGCGGCUCAAAGAUGGCGGCCAUCGGUCCGUUGACCACGACCUUCUCGGCUCCGUCGAGUUGUGCGACGGUUCUUUCCAACUUUUACGAGGUUUUUGAGGGGGAUAAGGAGUCGAGUUAUGUUCAGGGGCCGCUAUUCCCAACACAUAAAGACUGUUUCCCGAGUGGUUAUGAUCCAGAACCGACAAAAUACUACUCGCCUGGGUUCUGCCCGCAGGAGUAUACAGCUGCAUGCUCGAGUGUUCGCACAUCAAGCACCGUGACGGAAACCGCCAUUGCCUGCUGUCCAAACUAUGGUGUCGAAUACACCUGCGCAACCGAAUCAAAGCCGGAAUCAGGAUGCACCACGGUCUGGCAAGGCGGCGCCGGCGAACUCAAGCCAAUCGUCAUCAAAAACUCCACCAUCGCCAGCACUGCAACCGUCACCCUCAGAGGAGGUGCGAUAUCAGCCUAUGCAGUUCAGAUCCGCUUCCAAGCCUCUGAUCUCUCCAACGCCGUCAGCCCCUCCCGAACAGCAGCCAUCCCCCCCGCAACCAACGUCCUCCUCCCCCCAGACAAUACCAGUUCCUCGUCCACCGGCCUAAGCUCAACAGCCAUAAUCGGCAUCGCCGUCGGCGGCGGCCUGGGGUUUUUCAUCAUUUUUUCCUCGCUAUGUCUCUGGUGCUACAUGCGCCGUCGCAGGAAACAAUACGCCCCCCAACAAAAACCUCCCCAACCCGGAAGCGGCGCCCCUUCACGCUACAGCACCCGCUCCCGCCCCCACCAUACCUUCUAUGACGACACAAACAGUCAACACACAGCCCCAACCCCAUCCUACCGCUCCCAGCGCUCCCAUCGAUCCUCCUCCCGGAUGCACCACAACACCAUUCCCGAGCACGCCGAAGCACCCCCCGUCCCUCCCAAAGAAAAAUCGGUUUCUUACCGUGCCAUCCCGCCUCCGUACGAGCUAUCGGAGGAGCCUUCCCCAAGGCUGGGUGGUGGGUACGGGAAGAGAAGCCACAGCUUGCUGCAUAGUCCGGGCAGUGUGAGGACGUAUGAAAGUAAAAAGAGCCAUGGGAGGGGGGAUAGCGGGGUGAUGUACGGGGUGGGGAUUCAAGUUCCCAUCGGGACGAGGGCGCCGGCCGAGCUGGAGGCGGAGGUGCCGGUUGAGAGGGAAAGGGCGGCGAGUCCGGAGAGUGGGAUGACGGGGUGGACGGGGGUCACGCAGGCUACGGGGAGUAGUGGCGGGUUGACGGAUACGAGGCUGGGGAGGGGGGCGGCGAGUCCGUUGGGGUGGUUGUGAUUGGGAGGGUGGUGGUUACGUGGGGAGGUGAGGGUAAACAAGCAAGAUCAAAAAGCAUGAGUGAGGAUGUUGGUGGGGGGGGGGGGGAAGAUCUGUUUCCUAUAUUAUAUCAUUCCUGGGAUUUGGACUUUGGGAACGGUGGCUUUUCAUGUUUGAUUUUACUUGGGAAACGGGCGGGUAUUUCAUCAGCGUGAUUAUUGGGGAUGGAUGGAUUAUUUGGGACUAUGUUAGACGAACUUUGGAUAGGUUAUAUCAUGACUGUUUCGGUUUUUUUGAAAGGGGGUGGAUGGAUGGAUGGGUGGAUGGAUG